AAAAGCCUUUACUUUUUUCCUCUCCUGACACAAUUUUGCUUUUAAUGUUUAUUGGAUUUUUGACGCAUCUUGUUUCAACUCCUUGUGAAUCUCAACCUUUUGGAUAACUCUGCCAGAUACAACUUUCUUCCCAGACUGAACUGGCCGGGAUACACAACAUGCACAACAGCACUGCCGGAGCUCUGCAAGUGGCUGCAGCGUGUAAUGAGACUUGGCCCACCCAGCCACCGAGCUCUGAGUUCUCACUGGGCGUGUUGGUGCUGCUGGCUGUCCUCAUGGUGCUGCUAUGUCUGGUCACCAUCCUUGGAAAUGUGCUGGUGAUCCUUGCUUUCAUCGUGGACAGAAGCCUCAGGCAUCGGAGUAACUAUUUCUUUCUCAAUCUUGCUGUUUCUGACUUAGCAGUGGGUGUGUUCUGCAUACCUCUCUACAUCCCUUACAGCCUGACAGGAAAAUGGCACUUGGGAAGAGGCGUCUGCAAGCUCUGGCUGGUUAUGGAUUAUCUCCUGUGCACAGCUUCAGUAUUUAACAUUGUUCUUAUCAGCUAUGACCGUUUCCUGUCAGUCACUCGAGCUGUGUCUUACAGAGCCCAGCAGGGAAUAACAUCCAAUCCUGCCAUCAAGAUGGUGGCCAUAUGGAUCUUAGCCUUUCUCCUGUACUGCCCAGCAAUCCUCCUUUGGGAGCACAUGGCUGGACAGAGCGCAGUAGCGGCAGAUCAGUGCUACGCCGAGUUCUAUGACAACUGGUACUUCCUCCUGUGUGCAUCCACCCUGGAGUUCUUUGUGCCCCUGCUCCUGGUGACCUACUUCAAUAUGCACAUCUUCCACAGCAUCCAGAGGCGCCAGCGGCCUGGCAGUGUGCAGGACUGUGAGCCUCCGAGGAGCAGCAGCCUGUCCUGGAGAUUUUGCCCCUUGCCAAGGUCAGGGGCGUCUUCUUCUUUAUCUGAAGCAGAGGACAGUGUUUCUUCUUCCAUGAGACAAAAGAAAGAGUCUUUGCCAAGCUGCAGAAAUAUCGGGAACUGUCAGGGGGAAGUUUUAGACCAAGAAGAUUCUUAUGGACUGUGA